GUGUCACAUGAUGUUUUUCAUGGCUGACUGAGGGCUGGGUGUGUUUUGGGUGUGUUUGGGGGGUUUUUAGAGAAGUUCUGCAGAAAUGUCGGAGGGUGAAUGAGCGCUUUGUACGCCUGAGGUUGUGGGCAGCUGCUGGUCACCUGUUUCCACGUGUCCUGUGUGUGAAUGAGAGCUGGUCAGCUCCUGUGACUGACCGUGUGCUCUGCUCGGGGUGAGAUCAGACUGAGUAGAUCGGCGAGGUCACAGCUUCGUACACCCGUGUACAUCACCCUGACGGACACCGGUCACCGGUCACUACGCGUGGCCAGUUCAGUGGGACUGCUCGCUUUAUUGCUGAUGGUUGCAGCUUUUCAGACGUCCUGCUUCUCUUAAAGGGCUCCUGUGAGCAGAGCUUCAUCCAGAUGGAGCAAGAAGCUGGAGAUGCUGACCACCACCUUCCUCAGGGUGCAGAGCCAGCAGCCAACGCAGAGUGUGUGGAGUCUGCAGAGCCCCAGGCUGAGAGUCACGCUGGAGGUGUGGAGGAUCUGGUGGUCGUGAAUGAAGAAGCUGUGGAGAAGCUGACCGAGGGGCUGAUAUCUCACUACCUUCCCCAGCUGCAGACCUCCAAACGGGCCCUGCAGGAGCUGACCCAGAAUCAGGUCAUAUUACUGGAGACACUGGAGCAGGAAAUAACCAAGUUUCGAGAGUGUAACACCAUCAUCGAUCUGAAUUCUCUGUUCACAGAGGCGAAAGUGUAUCACAAUAAACUGGUGAACAUUCGGAAGGAGAUGAUCACUCUGCACGACAAGACCUCCAAACUAAAGAAGCGAGCGCUGAAGCUGCAGCAGCAGAGACAGAGGGAGGCUCUGGAGAGGGAGCAGCAGAGAGAGAGGGAGCUGGAGAGGGAGAGACAGCUCAUCGCCAAACCCGCCAAACGGACUUAAAACUCAUACACACUCUCUCUGAAGCCAAAGUCCAGCAGAGUCCAGCACACAGUCACAUUCUCCACAGCGUACAGCGCUAUGAAGAAGCUUUAGGCACCUGAGAGUCGAGUAAGGCAGUAAGCAUUAUGUAAAAAUGAGUAAUAUUCAGUAAUUAAAUUUCUAAACCGCUCCUGGAGGAAGUCCAGUAUUUUAUCGUCAUUAAUCAGCACUUCAUUAUGUCAAAUCAGGUGCUGCUUAUAUAACUUAAUAAAUCCGUGUGAUGUCUGAAGGAGAAAUGUUUCCAAAAUAAGAAAUUCUUCUGAUUUUUCACUGCA